CGGGGCAGGGUGAUGCAGCAGAGCAUCCUCAGCUUCACAGCGGACCGGAGCACAGACCGCCUCCCGGAGCCGAGACCCGGAGACCCGGAGACCCGGAGACCCGCAGCACGGAGCGACCCAGCAGGAUGUUUGGAGGAGUGUCCAGUCAGAUCCAGAAGGAGCGGAGCCGGGCCUCAGGCCUCGGCUCGAUCCAGCAGGCCAUUCGCUACCUGAACCAGGACUUCCAGGCCCUGAAGGAGGAGUGUCUGCAGGAUGGCUCCCUGUUCCAGGACCCCAUGUUCCCGGCAGAGGCCUCCUCUCUUGGCUUCAAGGAACUGGGACCCUUCACAGCCAAAACCAGAGGGGUGGAGUGGAAAAGACCGACUGAGUUGUCUGCGGACCCUCAGUUCAUUGUGGGCGGAGCCACAAGGACAGACAUCUGUCAGGGAGCUCUAGGUGACUGCUGGCUGCUGGCUGCCAUCGGCUCUCUGACGCUGAAUGAACGGCUGCUGCACCGCGUGGUUCCUCACGGUCAGAGUUUCAGUGAUCAGUAUGCCGGAAUCUUCCACUUCCAGUUCUGGCAGUUCGGUGAGUGGGUGGACGUGGUGAUCGACGACCGGCUGCCGGUCAAAGACGGAGAGCUGAUGUUUGUCCACUCGGCCGAGGGGAGGGAGUUCUGGAGCGCCCUGCUGGAGAAGGCCUACGCCAAGCUGAAUGGGUCGUACGAGGCUUUGUCCGGCGGCAGCACCACUGAAGGCUUUGAGGAUUUUACCGGCGGAGUGUCGGAGAUGUACGAGCUGAAGAAAGCUCCCAGAGAUCUCCAUCGUAUCAUCACCAAAGCUCUGGAGCGAGGCUCGCUGCUCGGUUGCUCCAUCGACAUCACCAGCGCUUUUGACAUGGAGGCGGUGACCUUCAAGAAGCUGGUGAAAGGCCACGCCUACUCUGUGACUGGCCUGCGACAGGUUCGGUACCGUGGCCGACAGGAGCGUCUGAUCCGGAUCAGGAACCCGUGGGGUCAGGUGGAGUGGACGGGAGCGUGGAGUGACAGCUCGUCGGAGUGGAACGACGUGGCCAACGAGGACAAAGACGAGCUGCUGUGUAAAAUGGAGGACGGAGAAUUCUGGAUGUCUUUCUCCGAGUUCCUGCGUCAGUUCUCCAGACUGGAGAUCUGCAACCUGACGCCGGACGCCCUCAGCGAGGACUCCACCGGCUUUUGGGCCACGGUGACGUUCCAGGGCAGCUGGAGGAGAGGAAGCACCGCCGGCGGCUGCAGGAACCACCCGAACACGUUCUGGAUCAACCCUCAAUACAAGAUCUGCCUGCUGGAGGAGGAUGACGACCCCGAUGACGAUGAAGCUGCGUGCAGCUUCUUGGUGGCUCUGAUGCAGAAAGACCGUCGUCGCUAUCGCCAGCACGGCCAGGACAUGCACACCAUCGGCUUCGCCAUCUACGAGAUUCCGGAGGAGCACCGUGGCUGUCCCAGCAUCCACCUGAAGAAGGACUUCUUCCUGCGCCGCUCUUCCUGCGCCCGUUCCGAUACCUUCAUCAACCUGCGGGAGGUGAGCGCCAGGCUCCGCCUCCCCCCCGGGGAGUACCUCAUCGUCCCUUCCACUUUCGAGCCCUCCAAGGAGGCGGACUUCGUGCUGCGCGUGUUCACGGAGAAGCAGUCUGAAACAGCGGAGAUGGACGACGACGUGGUGGCAGACUUAGAUGACGAGCAGGCGGAAAUCUCCGAGGGAGACAUCGACGACUCCUUCAGGUCCAUGUUUGCUCAGCUGUCCGGAGACGACAUGGAGAUCUCAGUGCGUGAGCUCCGGACUGUCCUCAACAGAGUGGUGUCCAAACACAGAGACCUGCAGACUGACGGCUUCAGCAUGGAGUCCUGCAGGGCCAUGGUCAGCCUCAUGGACAAAGAUGGCAGCGCUCGACUCGGUCUCCUGGAGUUUCAGAUCCUCUGGAACAAGAUCCGCAAGUGGCUGGGAAUUUUCAGGGAGUUCGAUCUGGAUAAAUCCGGCUGUAUGAACUCCUAUGAGAUGCGCCUGGCUCUGGAAAACGGCGGCUUCAAGCUCAACAACAAGCUGUACCAGAUGCUGGUCGCUCGCUACGCUGACAAUGAGGUCGUUGAUUUCGAUAAUUUCACCUGCUGCCUGCUGCGCCUGGAAGCCAUGUUCAGAACCUUCCAGGAACUUGACCGGGACAAAUCAGGGACCGUGGAGAUCAGCAUCACCGAGUGGCUUUUCAUCAGCAUGUGCGGCUGAAACACCAACGAAGAAGACGUGCGUCAUUCAAAGAGACUCCAAAGUCCGAGUAAUAAAGUGCUACUGAAGUACUUUCACAUUAUUUGAAGUACUGAUAUUUAAAGUUAAGCAGAUGGAAAAAUGUAAAAUCAGAAUCUACAUGCUGCACUGUCCCUGAAUGCAUCACAAUGUCAACACUGAUAGCUGACAGUGAAACCUGUACCUGAACGCCUCACGAUGUCAUCCUGACACUUGACUAAAUGUUAUGUGACCUGGCCGGUAGCCAGUGAUUGUGGUUGGAUGGUUGACAUUCCCAGUGGACAGCCUGAAAAAAAAAAUCAGACUUUGGUGAAUUUAUUUGAUCAAAACACAGAAAUGUUAUUUUUGACCUUUGUGUCGUCAGUUACCCCACCUCUGUGUAAAUUCCAGUUAGACCAUCUUUUAAACAGUAUAAAGUACAUACUUCAUUCCAGACAUUAAACAUGUCAAGAUUUCUUUCUGAUGCAUUUGUUAGAGAACAAAAGUUACUUCAUCACAAUAUCAAGAAAGGGAAUAUUUAUCAGAAAAGACAGGCUGAAAUGAAGCUACUCAUGUUUCCACUGUGCUCUCAGACUGUCAACGUGUGGAAGAGCAGAUGGGCCCAAGUUAGAUGUUUACAAAGUCUUAAAUUUCAGUUAAUUAUUUCAAAUAAAAGUCACAGCUAGAAAAAAAAAGUGAACUGACUCCAUUGAAAACUGAAGCCACUGCUGGUGCAAACUAAUAGGUUGGUUUGAAUUAGGAGCAAGAGCUCAUUUUCCCCUAAAAGGGUAACAGGUGUUAUAGAAUCUAAAGCACCAAUAAUUGAAUAAAUCUACUCAAUAUCUAAUUGUACUCAAAGGGUAUAGUCCUGGAAAAAACCCAGAACCUUUUUUUAAUAACACGUUUUGACAAUAGAAAGGUUAAAUGUCAAAUGUUUUGAAUUAAAUUUGUUUGAUUUAUCAGUGAUUGAAUGUCUCAGGCCAUGCGUUUUAGUGGGGGACAAUGUAAUAACUGCAAGUCACGUACAACACUACAGUAGUACAUCAUUAUAUAUUUCACCACACACCAAUCCAGUAAAACUGGAGCCUUUUAUUUCACCGGUCAGUGCAGCAGGCGGAGGUGUUCAGGUUCAGUCUGGGCUCAUGUUUCACGGUUGAAUCCAUUAAAGCCA